CUUGCACUAACCUAUGCGUUUGUCUUCUUCUUCUCAAUAUAUAUUCCGACACCUGGAUCUAUGCCCAUAUCUUCACCAAUAGAGAUUCUUAAGAGCAGCUAACAAAAAGAACUCCCACCACCUGUUACAAUAAAUUUUUCCUUUAGCUUCUUGGUCUCUCUUGGCACUUCUCACAGCUGAAGAAAAUCUAUCAAAACUAAAGAAAGAGAAGCUUUAUCAAUAGAUUGAGGUGUUUUCUUUAUCUUCCUUCCUAGCUAGCUCUUCUAUAUAUUCUUCAGAUAAGAUGUGCAGCAGAGGCCAUUGGAGGCCAGCGGAGGAUGAGAAGCUCAAGGAAUUGGUUGCCCGAUAUGGCCCUCAUAACUGGAACGCGAUCGCUGAGAAGCUUCAAGGGAGAUCAGGGAAGAGUUGCAGGCUUAGAUGGUUCAAUCAGUUGGACCCAAGGAUCAAUCGCAGCCCCUUCACCCCAGAGGAAGAAGAACGGCUCCUUGCUUCACACCGAAUUCAUGGAAACCGAUGGGCCAUCAUCGCAAGGCUUUUCCCAGGUCGUACUGACAACGCGGUCAAGAAUCAUUGGCAUGUGAUCAUGGCACGAAGGUGUAGAGAGAGGUCGAGACUUUACUCCAAGAGAGCUUACCGCUCUGCAGUCAAAGAAGAGAAAUACAAAGAAGGCAAAGAGAUCAGGAAAUCCGAGGCUAGAAAUAUUGUUACAUUGGUGGAGAAAUAUUGUAGAGGAUGCGGUGACUCCAUAGCUAAUAAUCAUCAAAAUCACAAAGAGUUUUACUCUGAGAUCCAUGGUUAUUAUCCCAGCAUGGUUGCAGAUGGAGAUAGACAUAGAGAGCACUCAAUCGAGUUCUAUGAUUUUCUCCAAGUAAACACUGACUCUAAUGAUACUACGUGUUGCUCGAGCAUAGAGGAACAAGAGGAGACCAAGAAGAAUUGCAGCGAGGCUGCUGUUCCUUUCAUAGAUUUCUUGGCAGUUGGAAGUUCCUCUUAACGAUGGGUAUUAGCAAAGACAAGCAGACACAUUUGAUAUCUGUGUAUGGUUUUAGUGCACAUAAACCCUAACAUCGUAGAACUUACUAUACAUAAAUCUGUAAAUUCUGCAUAAGAUACCAGAGCUUAUUUAUAUAAGUUGCAUCAGUGGUGUGUGCAAAACGAUCUCUUAAUGUAAAUGAGGAUCCGCUCCCUAAUUAUGUACUUGGUCUUCUUGGAAAAUGGUGAUAGGUAAUUUGCCAAUCAAUUGGACCAUCUUCUUAUGUGCAUACAAGCUAGGUUUCGUGAAAGUAUGCUCAUGAUUGGAAUAUAUCUUAAACAAAGAGUAUUUUCCAUAUGUACAAUUAUGAUUGUAAUUCAUGAAUACCUUUAUGAAUUCUUUUUUUCUUUUUCUUUUUUGAGAAGAAUAUCUUCAUGAUUUGUAAAGCGUGCAACAUUUGCAUU